AUGAAAACAGUGUCCCGAAUAGUGCCGGGCCAAACCGUCCCACCGUUAGCUCGACUUCUCUUCUUCUUCCGCCAAGCUAAUCGCUUCCUGUCCAACCGGAUUUCAGCGCCGCGAAGGCGAAAUUCCGCAGAACCAACUUCUCACCUCCUCGGCGCAACUUUGUCGCCCUUGAGUGCAUCUCCGGAGAUGUCGCACUUACGCUCCGAGAGUCACACACCCCGCCGUAUUUCUCAAAUUUCUCUCCUAGCUGUCUCUGCGCUUCUCAUUUGCAUUGCUGAGUUCGCCCUCCCAGGCGGACUUACUCCGCGAAGAGAGAAAGAAAAGAUUUUGGCCAAGAGGGUUGCCGAGCAAUUGGACCUCAUAUCACCGGACGAUCCAAAUGUUGUGUUGCCCGGCGGACCCAUACCAAUUGACAGAGUGCAUAGACAAGCCCUGGUACAUCGCGGUUCAUGGAUGUUUGCGCUUGAUUCUCAUUUAAGGUUACUUCUUACCUGGCGAGCCCCGGAAAUGAAGACGUGCCCGAUGACCUGGGCACCUGUGGGAGAGCAUGCCAUCGUGAACGAAACUUUUGAAGAGGCCGCUACAAGAGGCCUGGAAGAAGAGGCUGCCUUCAUCCCUAGACCACGUAUAUAUCCAGUAGGUAUUCCGUUUUAUUAUCACCAUGUAUAUGACAACGGAACCAAGGACGAACGCACCGACAACCAAUGGACACAAGCGUAUGUCGUGCUGCCGAGAGGGGACGCUCUCGAUUUCCGCACACUCGAUGAUCGUGAUGCUCAGAUUGGCACUGCAGACGUCGAAAAUACCAGAUACCAGGGUAUGUCAUUGCCGGACGUCGUAAGACAUGCCAUUCAAAGACCAGAAUACUUCUGCCAUGAGACACAGGUCAUGUGGAUUUUGCAGGUGAUACCGCUUGUCGUCCGCACUCUUGAGACGUAUGACAUGCGCCUGUUCAGGGGAUAUUUACAAGAAGAGUGGACUACUCUAGUAGAGUCGGGUUCACCAGUGUGCUGCGCAGAAAGCGAGAAUCUGAAACCUGUGCCCGAAGUGAAUGUUUCGUUGUGCGGUGUUCCGUGUGAAGUCCCACAUCAUGAAACGGACGAUGACGAUGACGAUCCCGCGUCGUAG